AUGGAGUUUCCUAAUCUUAUGCAUCACUGCUUUAAAGUUUUCAGCGACUUAAAUCGUGUCCGCAAAUUGCUGGCUGGAGGAUUGGAUCCCAAUCACCAGACUUAUGGUGGUACAACGCCAUUCCAUUGGGCAUGCAUGAAUCCCUCUCCCAACAUUGAAGUGGUUAGAUGCUUGAUUCAAGCCGGUGCUGAUAUAAAUUUGGAAAAUCACAUGGGUUAUACACCUUUACAUUUCGCAGUAAUUCAACGGAAACGUUUAGUUGUCAAAGAAUUGAUUGAGCAAGGAGCUUUAAUCAAUGCUCAGAAUUAUCUUGGAAUGUCAGCCUUGCAUUUUGCCGUCUCCGAUUUCGCCUUGUUUGGGACGCCAAUUCUCGAUCGCACACAUCUUGAUAUAUGGAUCGUCAAAAAGCUAUUAAAACAUCAAUAUAUAGAUCGCGAUCUAAUAAAUUCAAAUGGAGACACCCCACUUAUGCUCUCUGUCAAAGAUUAUCAUAUAGAAUCUGCUGUGCAGUUGUUGCGAUCUAAAGCAAAUCCAAAUAUAUGCAAUAAGGAUUUCCAAACGCCUUUGCAUGUGGCAUUAACCCAUCCGCCAAGUGAUAUUGAGAUUGAACUUCUGAUCUGUGGUGCCAACCUUUAUGCAGUAGAUAGACAUGGCAUCACUCCUUUAGAUAUUCUAAUGAAGUUUACCUUGGAUGAUGAGAAUAAGGAAUGGGUAAUUUACAUAUUAAAAAUAAUUGCGUUUAAAUAUUGCGUUACAGAUGACUUGAAACGAGCAUUGGAAAGCGAACCCGAGUUAUUUCAGUUUUGGAAUAAAUGUUGUGAUCAAGUGAAUGAAAUGAGAAGCGACUUUAUUACAGAGAAUAUAACAAUGCAUGACUUUAUUUGGAGUUGCUAUAAUGAAGAUCAAAUUGAUAAUCUCUUAUUGCAGAUUCACAAGCCUGUGGUAGAUCGAUUAGCAGAAGACAUUUACCCCGAUUAUUUUGUUGAAAUCUUAUACCUGGUACAAAAAUGGAAUUUGUGUGAAAUAUUGGAAAUGACAAUCUGCUCUCGAAAACGUGGGAAAGGAACUGAGUUGACAAACAUUGCCACUUUGCUAUCGAAAAUAGACAUUAUUCAUUUGAUUUCUAAGCAUUUGAUAAGAGAAGAUAUUUUUUGCCUUAUUGUUGCGUUUUCUAAUAUGAGAAUCCCUAAGUCAUUGCAAGAUGUUCAAGAACGCUCUUACUAUUUUGCUUUUAAUUUAGAAUAAGAAAAACCUGAACAAUGAAAUGCUGCCCAA